UGAGCCCGGGCCACCCUCCUGCAUAAGUCACUCCAGGAGCUCCUUAGGGACCGGCCUGUGGCGGUGAGGAACCAGGAGAUGCAUGUAGCAGCCAAGUACCGCCAGGCCUCCCUGUACGUGGGUGACCUCCACGCGGACGUCACCGAGGACCUGCUGUUCAAGAAGUUCAGCGCCGUGGGGCCCGUGCUGUCCAUCCGCAUCUGCAGAGACCUGGUCACCCGCCGCUCCCUGGGCUAUGCCUACGUGAACUUUCUGCAGCUGGCGGAUGCCCAGAAGGCCCUGGACACCAUGAACUUUGACCCGAUAAAGGGCAAAUCCAUCCGUCUCAUGUGGUCUCAGCGUGACGCCUACUUGAGGAAAUCUGGAAUUGGGAACGUGUUCAUCAAGAAUCUGGACAGAUCCAUUGAUAACAAAACCCUUUAUGAACACUUUUCGUCUUUUGGGAAGAUCCUGUCCUCCAAGGUGAUGAGUGAUGAUCACGGCUCCAGGGGCUAUGCGUUCGUGCACUUCCAGAACCAGAUUGCCGCCGACAGGGCCAUCCAGGAGAUGAAUGGGGCACUGCUUAAGGACUGCAGGCUGUUUGUUGGCAGAUUCAAAAGCCGCAAAGAUCGGGAAGCCGAGCUCCAAAACAAAGCCAGUGAGUUCACCAAUGUUUACAUCAAAAACUUCGGAGAUGACAUGGAUGAUGAGAGACUGAAGGAAGUUUUCAGCAAAUAUGGAAAAACCCUGAGUGUUAAGGUGAUGACAGAUUCCAGUGGGAAAUCCAAAGGCUUUGGCUUUGUGAGUUUUGAUAGCCACGAGGCUGCCAAAAAGGCUGUUGAAGAAAUGAAUGGAAAGGACAUAAAUGGACAACUGCUUUUUGUAGGCCGGGCACAAAAGAAAGCAGAGCGACAGGCUGAGUUAAAGCAAAUGUUUGAGCAGCUGAAACAGGAAAGAUUUCGGCGGUGCCGGGGGGCAAAGCUCUAUAUUAAGAACCUGGAUGAGACCAUUGAUGAUGAAAAGCUACGGAGGGAAUUUUCUUCAUUUGGAUCAAUUAGCAGAGUUACGGUAAUGCAGGAAGAAGGGCGAAGCAAAGGGUUUGGCCUGAUCUGCUUCUCCUCUCCUGAGGAGGCCACUAAAGCAAUGACUGAGAUGAAUGGCCGCAUCUUGGGCUCCAAGCCCCUCAACAUCGCCCUGGCGCAGAGGCCCUAGGAGAGGAAACCUUAAUGCACCAGCCAGUGUUUGUAGCAGCUUGGGAGAUGUUAGUGAUCUCUGCCUGAAUCGUCCUCAGUAAAUUUCAAAUCCCAGCUGAUGGCUGCUUAGUUUAGUAAACGUUAUGAUCGAAGGUUUUGUAUACAAAGCUAUUUAUUUUUCUUUGGAGGAAAAAUUAGUGAAUCUUAGAACCUCGGUUCUUUUUAUAGAGGCACACCAUCUAAUUAUAAUAUGGUAUAUUUUUCUGAUUUUGAUGUAGUGCUCAUAGCAAUAAGUAUAAUUAGAUAUAUUUUUACUGCAUUUUGAACCAACUGAAGUGUGGUAAUUAUUUGCAUUUAUUGCAUACUUUUGCUAAUUUUAAUAAUAUUGCUAGCUUUAAUUUCUUCCGUGAAAAUAUGCCCAAAGUAGUUCUUAUACCCGAGGUUUGCAGAGUAAUUUAUUUUUACAAACAGAAAUUUUCUAAUUUCUCAUCUAUUUUUUUUAAAGAAACCAAAGUUUAAAAAUUGCUACUACAGACUCAAUAUCUAAUUUCAUUUUGAAUUAAUGUUUAAAAUACUAGGAAAUAGUUGAAUUUCCUUUCCAUUUAUAUCCUGAAAUGGUGUUUUUCUGAUGGCUGAAAUUAAUGAUGGAGUUUUUUAAUGUUGCCUACAAACGUGCUUUAUAGGAAAUUUUACUGUUCUUUCCAUUGGUUGACAUAAUCCAGGUGCUUGCUGGUUAUCAAAAUUGUGACUUGAAUAGUAAAACCUUAACGUCCACAUUCCUUAAGUUAUAAGCCUGUAUCAUUUCAGGUCAGAAAGUUGGCCUAGUCUUAACUCUCUUCAUACGUAUACAGCAUAAAAUUAUGCCUUAAGUUUUGAACCAGGUACCAACGUUAUAAAAGUCAUAUAUAGAAAACAUAGACAUUCUGUUUAACAACUGUGUUUUCUAAUCUCUGUUAUAUGUUGUAACAUGUAGUGAUAUUGUCUCAGGGUUCAGAACAGUGAAAGUUUAUGUUUAUGAACUCCACAUCUCCUUUUAUUAGACCUUAAGAGCUAUGUAACCCAUGAAGGCUCACUUUUAGCCUUGAUUGAUCAGAAGUUCACUAAUUGAUUUUCUGAUAAACUGAAGUUACAUCACUUAGCUGGCUUUCCAGCAUGAUUUUUAUUUCAGUCCCAUUCCCAGAUCUUUUCUUCUCUCCUGCUUUUCCUCUAUAUUACUCAGCUCCUCUAUAUUUUUUAAAAAGCGUUUUAUUAUACUGACUUUUACUGUGUGUUGUUUGAAAUCCACUUUGGAAAUAGAUGCAAGAGUUAUUUAUUUACAUUUAAGUAAUUACUUUUAAAAUUCUGAUUCUCUCAUACCAAAGGUGUCUAGAAAAUAGUUUUGUUGUUGUUGUUUUAUUUUUUUUUUACUCUGCUUCAUUGUUUCCUGUAACCAUAUAUUCAAGUCUUCUGUUUCAUAUAUUGCCAGUACAAAAGAAAUAUUAAAAUAUUUCCGUGGCAAUACUUUAGCUAUGAAAGAAUGAGAAAAUCUGUUUCUGUUUAUUUUUGUAUGAACUAUAUGUAUAGUCAUUGCACAUUUUCUAAAUUUAAUAUCUCUUUAGACAAUGAAAAAAUUAUGGACAAUGAAAAAAUUACGGCAACACAUAAUCCUAUUAUGCAGACAGAUCUGUUACAAUUUCUUGCAUCUCCUCCCAAGUUUUUCUCUAUACUGAUACACAUGAUUUAACAAAAAUGGAGUCAUGCUCUAAACCUUGUUUGAAACUGCUUUCUUAAUUUGACAGUACACCAUAGUCAACUUCCAUGACCACAAAUAAUUAUUUGCACUAUAAUUUCAAUGACUUUUAUCUUUCCUUUAAUGUUCGUACCAUAAUAUAACAAUUUCCUCUUGAUAAACGUAUAGGUCGCUAGAUUGUUCCCUCUCUUUUUUUUUUCCUCUAUCAUAAACCACUUGGAGAUAAACACCCUUUGCAAACUCUUAUACGCUGACGUAUAUAAUUAUUUUCUUCAGAAAAUGUAUGAUUCAUUGGAAUUAAUGUUUAAUAUUUAAAUUGCCCAAAUGCCAUUCAGAGAUUUGUGCCACUUAACAUUUCUGUUAUGAGUAUGGAGGAUUGCUCAUUUCCAUAUACUCUAAGAACAAAGGAUUUUGUUUAAGUUGUUAUCUGAUUCAACAUGACAUGUAAAAACGAAAUAUUUCAUGGUUAUUUAUUUUACUUUUUUAUUACCUCAAAAGUUAAACAGCAUUUCUUGUAUUUACUGAACAUUUGUAUUUUCAUAUUUUUGAAAAUGAUCUUGGUCUAUUUUCAUGACAUUAGUCUGUUUUCCUGUUGGGGUGGUUUUUAUUUAUAUGGAUUUGUUAGUUUUGGGGUUUUUUUUUUUCCUGAUACUCCCAUCUUGUUUAUAGUUUUGAGGGUUAUUCCAAAGUUAAAUUUCAAAAUUCAAAAUUUUCAGUCUUAUACUUUGGUGGCUUUAAUGGUAUGUUUCAAAACACUUUGAACACCUCAAAUAUACAACCCCCCCAUACAUACACACAAUUCAUCUGUAUUGUCUUCUAUUAUUUUCAGAGUUUCAUAUUCUCAGUACUUUCUAAACAAAACUUUUGUGUAUGCAGUAUCUUAUACACAGCCUAUACUAAAUAUUUUUAAAGUGUCUUGCUUUUCAAUUCUAUUAACAUGCCUUGGUAAAUACUGAUCUACUGUAAGAGUCUAUUUGAAAUCCAUAUGUCACCUAUAACUCAUUGGCUCUCUGAAUUACUGUGUUGAGAAGUACUUACCUCCAAAUCAGAGAGCUUUUAAGAAAGGGUGCCAGGAAACAGGACUGGGAAGCGUAGUAGGUGUGUCAAGCCUUGACAUCUCUUUCUGGAUAAUCCACUCUAUCGACAUGUUCAAAUAUUUGAACAAUAUUUCACAAUGCUUGUAAAUGGAUUAUCAAGAUAAUAUCAGGGAACUGAGUUCAUUCUCUUCACACAUGCAUGGGGAUUUAAUAGGACAUAAUACCAGAUGUUUAGAUAAAUUGUAGCUAUAGCUUCAUAAUGACACAAUAAUAUGCCAUUUUAGUAAAAAUGACUUAUUUUUAAUAUUUACCUUAAGAAAUGACUGUCAAUUUACAAAAAGAUAUGAUCCUGUAAAUUUUCUUGAUUAUUUAAAUUUUACUUAUUCUAAAUUUUGUAUGUGUGUGAUACUAUCAAGUCAUCUUAGUUGGCAGUAGAGGUUCAGACAUUCAAGAAACUUUACUCUUUUUAUGUCCAAGUGCCUUGAUAAAUAAAAAGAAUCUUCACUUUCUGAUAAGCAUUCCAGUAAAAGCUAAUUUACGUAGAGAUGCCUUGAGUCACUGCUUCUGCUCUGCCUUCUCUCUCCCCACACACAUUGCCUGCUUGUAUGUACAGCCAAUUGAAUAGAA